AUGAACCCGACCUUUAGAGAAGCAAGAGAGCAAAAUAAAUCAAACGAGACAUUAAAUAAAUAUAAAACAAUCAUAAGGGAUACAGCAAAAAACACCACUUGCGAAGCUUGCAGUGUUAAAGGAGAACAAAAUAAGAAGCCGCAGGAAGACAGCCCAACAAAAGAUCAAGCAAUAAUCUACAGUGAUGAAGACAAGAAACAUUUGGAUCAAACUAUGCAAGGUAUGGAUUCCAGUAAGCAAGAUGAACCUCGAAAUAAUCUUAGUCAAAAAAGUGAUACCCACAACAGUUUUCAAAUACCCGGCCCCUUACCCGUAGAUGCAAUUAAAAAUGACGUUCCAGUCAAAGUCAAAGGAAAAAGUAUGGCAUCCAAAAUUAAGCAAGUGAUCGACAACAAAAAAAGAAAAAGUGUAUCACGUAACAUUUACUACGAUAGUCAAGAUAGAGAUAGAAAAAACAUGACAGUCAAGAACUCUGAUGAGUCUCCUGUUGUUGCUAUAACAUCUACUAAUUUGAUUGAUCGUGUAAAAAGUGAUGUGCGUACAAUACAUGAAAAUACAUCAAUAUUGAGUGACAUGGAUAAAACGGACGCUAAACAUAAAGACGUUGAUGGUAAAUUAAAAUUUUCUUCUGAAAUUAAUAUUCCAAAUGAAAAUAUUUUGAAUAAAGUAGACGCAGAGGGAGCUACCGAUAUUCAUACUUGCAAUACAGCUGUAGGAACCGAUCAAAUCCAGGAUAGAGAUCCUGAAUUAGGUAUACAAACAGACGCCAAUGUGGAUCAUGAAGAACGAUUGGUUGGUCCAAGUAAAGUUCACGCUUCCUUCGCCGCAACUCCAAAUGCCGCACCUACUCAUAAAUCGCGGGCUACGUCACCCGAUAAUACUGAUGCUGAGAUGUCUUCACUUACUGAUUUGCCUUCGGAGAAAGAAAGUAACAGUAAAAGUAAAAGUGCGCGUACGCCACUUUCUCCCGGCGAACAAAAGACUACAACUACAUACACAGACUCGUAUACUCAACCCGCAAUUGACUACGGCUCGCUUAGCGAAGGCGAAUUACCUGAACCCUGUAACGGUUAGAUCAUGUUGGUUUUAAACUUUUAGUAUAAUUAUAAGGAUAGAAUGGACG